UCUCCCCCUCCUCAGCCGAUGGUGGUUAUUAGCCCUUGUGCCGCUUGCAAGAUUUUAAGGAGAAGGUGUGCCGAUAAAUGUGUAUUGGCACCUUAUUUUCCUCCUACCGAACCAGCGAAGUUCGCCAUUGCUCAUCGUGUCUUUGGGGCUAGCAACAUCAUCAAGUUCGUGCAGGAACUUCCAGAGGGUCAAAGGUCGGAUGCGGUGAGCAGCAUGGUUUAUGAGGCAAGCGCAAGGAUCCGUGACCCGGUCUAUGGGUGUGCGGGGACGAUUUGCCAGUUGCAAAAGCAAGUGGAUGAGCUGCAAGCACAGUUGGCCAGAGCUCAAGCUGAAGUGGUCAACAUGCAAUUGCAGGUGGAGAUGGGACACUCCUCUCCUCAACCCAAUUCCCAGCAAUCCCAUGUUGACGCUUCCGUAACCCACCCAAGCUUUAUGGAAGACGACCACCACAACUACUUAGGCUCGCUUUGGGAGCCUCUUUGGACUUGAUGAAUGCUCCAAAGGAGGACAAAGUUGAAAGACAAUGAACUAAU